CACAAACUUAUUACAUAAUAUCAUUCCAUGUUCUAGUUUAAUUUUUCAUCAUAUUCAUUUCAAGAUCGAAGUCUUACAUAUAAAUACAAAGAGCUUCGAUAAUAAAUCAUUCAAUGGAUUGUUUUACAAUAAUCCUGAUAACAAUUAUUCUACUAUUCUAUUUUUAAACAUUCUUCUUCUUCUUCUUUUUUCUUCAUCAAUUCCGUUUUUCAUUUUCAAUUUCUUUUCAAAAUACCUUUGUUCAACUCCGCCUCAAGGCCAAAGGAAAAGAGGAAGACCAAAGAACACAUUACGCCGAGAAAUGGAGAUAGACAUGAGAAAAAUGAACAAGAAUUGGAUGGAACUAGAAAAGAAGGCCCAUGACAGAGUGGGUUGGAGAAUGCUGGUCGGCAGCCUAUGCUCCAUUAGGAGUAACAGGCGUAAGAAUAAUUCGAUCAAUUUUCUUGUGUGCUUAUGCCAAGUUAAUAACCUUAUGAAUAUGAGAGUUCAACGGAUUCAUUCUGUCAACUAUGUGGUGCAUUGAUUUGUAUGUAAAUGAUGUCAACUAAUGGAAGUUUAUACAUUUAUUUUUAUCUACUUACUUUAAAGCAAUGACUUAUUGAUCAUUUUCAUGUCAUUUACUUAUAGUUAUUAACAUUUCUUUGGAGAAAGUAAAUUACAUAUGCCUUCAGAUUACUUUUCUUAUUUAUAUUCCCUUUAUUAUACCACUAAAUAUAAGUACCUGGACGAGAUUUACUACCGUUUUUUCUCAUACAAAGAUGUCUGCUUAUAUAUUCACAUAUUGUACGCUUUUGUUUACUUUAUGGAUUAUAUCUUUAUAAUCACUUUCUGUAAUGAGUGUUGAUAUGAAUAAUGUUAUGUAAUAGGAACAAUUGAAAUCCCCAUGUAAUUGAGAAAACGUUUUGGGUAAUUCGUAGAUGCUACAUUCUUGAUUAAAAUAAGUGAUUAUAAUGAAAAAUUGAAAAAAGUUAUAUUUUUUAUCAGUGGUGGACUAACCUUAUGAAUAUUGCUUGUCUAGUACUUAAAGUUUUUGUUAACGUUUAU